AUGGCAAGCGACUCGGCCUCGUCAGAAUUCCAAGGCGACGACUCCUCGUUCUGCAUUGGAUCUUCUCCUGCUGCCCCGAGAGAGAUCACCAAUGUGCUAGGCAAGACGAAGGCAGCUGCCAGUGCAGGCAAGAAAGCUGCCCCUAAGCCAAAAGUCGUCAAACCGUCUCAAGGGAGCGAGAAUGUCGUGCCUUCGACUGGGCCUACCGACAAGGUCGAGAAAUCUGCGAGUGCAAAGUACCAGAAGAUUACACAACUUGAGCAUGUCCUCCUGCGACCUGAUACCUACAUUGGCUCUGUCGAGUCUAUCACCCAGCCCAUGUGGAUCUGGGAUGCAACUCGCUCUUGUAUGGCUCAAAAGACAAUCACGUUUGUGCCCGGUCUCUUCAAGAUCUUUGAUGAGAUUCUUGUCAAUGCCGCAGACGCAAAGCAACAAUGCCCUAGCAUGUCAGAGCUCAAAGUCAACAUCGACACCGAAAAGGGCGAGAUCUCAGUUUGGAACAACGGUAUGGGCAUCGAGGUCGUCAUUCACGAAAAGGAAAAUAUCUACAUCCCCGAACUCAUCUUUGGCCACCUACUGACUUCGUCCAACUAUGACGACGACGACAAGAAGACGACGGGUGGUCGAAACGGCUAUGGCGCCAAGCUUGCCAAUAUCUACUCGACUUCCUUUACCGUCGAAACUGCGUGCCAGAAGAGCGGCAAGAAGUACGUUCAGACCUGGACGAACAAUAUGUCGAGCAAAGGCAAAGCCAAGAUCACGGACACAAAGAAAGGCGAGGCCUACACCAAGAUCACCUUCAGGCCAGAUUUCAAACGCUUCGGACACAUGGCAGAGGCCGGUCUAGACCCAGACACGGAAGCUCUUCUGCAGAAGAGAGUGUAUGACAUGGCGGGAACAGUCAAGGACGUUCAGGUAUCGCUCAAUGGCAAGAAGCUUCGUGUGAACAAUUUCAAGAAAUACGUCGAGCUCUACACGCGUGCUGUUGACGAACAAGGCAAUGUGCCCACGCCUACCAAAGCCAGAGCUCGAUCGAAUUCUGUCGUCUCCGCCACGCCUGCGCUUUCCCAGUCUCAGUCACAGGCGACUGAUCUGGCAGGCGCGCCGCCCACUGGUAAAAGUGCUCAGCCAGGCAAGAUCAUCUACGAACAAUUUGGCGAACGCUGGGAGGUCGCCUUUACGGUCUCGGAUGGCGACUUCAACCAAGUCUCGUUUGUCAACUCGAUUGCGACCACAAAGGGUGGCACGCACGUCGAACAUGUAGCCAAGCAGCUGACAGAGGGUCUCAUCGCUGCUGUCAAGAAGAAAAACAAGCAUGCCAAUGUCAAGUCGUCGCAGAUCAGACCUCACCUCUGGAUUUUUAUCAAUUGCCUGGUCGAGAACCCUUCCUUCGAUUCGCAGACGAAAGAGAACUUGAUCUUGCCCGUUGGAAAGUUCGGCUCGAGGUGCAAAGUCUCUGAAGAAUUCAUCAAGAAGAUCACAAAGUCUGGCGUCGUCGACAAUGUCCUCAACUGGGCAAAGUUCAAGGAAGAACAGCAGCUCAAAAAGACAGAUGGGCACAAGCGAUCUCGCAUUACUGGCAUAUCGAAACUCGAAGAUGCCAAUCAAGCUGGCACGAAGAACGGCCGCAACUGCACGCUCAUCCUGACCGAAGGUGACUCAGCCAAGGCACUCGCAGUCUCUGGCCUCGAAGUUGUCGGUCGAGAUACAUUCGGCGUCUUCCCGCUCAGAGGCAAAUUGCUCAAUGUUCGCGAAUCGCAAGGCAAGACGCUCACAGACAAUAUCGAGAUCAAUGCGGUCAAGCAGAUCAUGGGCUUGCAGCACGGAAAGACAUACGAGUCUGUCGACUCGCUCCGGUACGGUCAUCUCAUGAUCAUGACUGAUCAAGAUCACGAUGGCUCGCACAUCAAGGGCCUUAUCAUCAACUUUCUGGAUUACUUCUUUCCCUCUCUCCUUCGCAUUCCUGGCUUCCUUGUCGAGUUCAUUACGCCCAUCGUCAAGAUCAGUCGUGCACGACAAGAAAGAGCCUUCUUUACCAUGCCAGAAUAUGAAGCAUGGAAGGCCGAAAAUAACGAUGGACGCGGGUGGGACAUAAAGUACUACAAGGGUUUGGGUACCAGCACAGCUGCAGACGCUCGCAAGUACUUUGGCGACAUGGAUUCGCAUCGACUCGGCUUCCGCGUAUCAGAUGACGCGGACCGUAGCCUGAUCGACAUGGCCUUCAACAAGAAGAAAGCAGACGACCGCAAAGAUUGGCUCGCUAGCUUCAUUCCUGGCACUUUCCUUGAUCACAGCAUCAAGCAAAUUCCGAUCUCAGACUUUGUCAACAGAGAGCUCAUCCUCUACUCGAUGGCGGAUAACAUUCGCUCGAUACCCUCGCUCGUGGACGGCUUCAAACCUGGCCAGCGCAAAGUUCUCUUUGGCUGUUUCAAGCGCAAUCUCAAGAAAGAGAUCAAGGUCGCUCAGCUUGGAGGCUACGUCAGCGAGCAAUCUGCCUACCAUCAUGGUGAAGCUUCGCUCUACGGCACGAUCGUAGGCUUGGCCCAGAAUUUCGUCGGCAGUAAUAACAUCAAUCUGCUCGAUCCGAACGGUCAGUUCGGUACGCGUCUCCAGGGUGGCAAGGAUGCAGCUUCGGCUCGUUACAUCUUCACAAACGUUGCUCAGAUUACGCGCACGAUCUUCCAUCCUGCGGAUGAUAAUCUACUGACGUACCUGAGCGAUGACGGUCAAAGCAUUGAACCUUCGUGGUACAUGCCCGUGAUUCCGAUGGUGCUCGUCAACGGCUCGGACGGCAUUGGUACCGGUUGGAGCUCGACCAUCCCGACAUACAACCCUGCUGACAUCAUUGCGAACCUCCGUGCAAAGCUGGCAGACAAGGAUGAGCGGAUUCCUCUGCUUCCUUGGUAUCGAGGCUACAAAGGAGAGAUUGUUCGUCUUGGCGCUGAUAAGUUCAAAUGUCUUGGCGUAUGGUCUCAACCAGACGAAGAUACACUCGAAAUCACAGAGCUACCCGUACGGGUUUGGACGCAGACAUACAAAGAACUGCUCGAAGCCUGGAUUCAGGGUACAGAGAAGGCGCCUGCCCUUAUCAAGGACUACAAAGAGUAUCACGCUAAUACGACAGUGCACUUCAAGCUGCAGCUAACAGCAAAGGGAAAAGAGGCCAUUGCUAAAGACGGCAUCGAAAAGACAUUCAAGCUUUCGUCGGCGGUCUCUACAGGUAACAUGGUGUGCUUCGAUUUGCAAGGCAAGAUCCAGAAAUACUCGACUCCAGAAGCGAUACUCGAUGCAUUCUAUGACUUCCGUCUGACAUUCUACCAAAAGCGCAAGGAGUACCUCACCAAAGAGCUCGAGCUCGCACAUCAACGCCUCUCGAAUCAAGCCCGCUUCAUCCUUGCUAUCAUCAACAAAGAGCUCGUCAUUGCCAACCGCAAGCGCGCAGAGCUGGUCGCGGAGUUGCGCGCCAAGUCUUAUCAGCCGUUCCCUCGAGGCAAACGCGUCGCUGUCGACGUUGACGAGGACGAUGCGGCAAACGAUGCGCUCGAUCUCAGCGCUGCUGACUACGAAUAUCUCUUCGGCCUAGCAUUGUCAACGCUGACUGCUGAAAAGGCUGCCAAAUUGCUGGCUCAACGCGACGAGAAGGAAGCGGAGCUCAAUAUUCUGUUGGCUAAGACACCCAAGAUGCUCUGGAUCGAAGAUCUUGACGCUUUGCAGCUCAGCUGGCAGUCCGCACUCGUCGAGGAUGAGAACAUUCUCAAGACCAGUCUGAGCAAGGCAAAGGCGGCUGCACGCAAAGGCAAAUCGGCCAAACGCGCUGCGUCUAGCUUUGACGGCUCGGAAGAUGAUGAUUACAAGCCAGGCGCCAAAAAGGCGGCUGUCAAGAAAAGCAAAGUCGAUUCUUCGCCCGCAGUCAGUAUUGCAUCGACUGCCAGCCGAGCACCUUUCCGGAAGGCAAAGACGAAUGCCAAGAGAGCAACGUCUAUUCUAGAAGAGUCAGACGAAGAUGACUUCUUGGAUUUCAAGAAGCCGGUCAAAGCGACCAAUGCGAUGGUGAUUGAUUCGCCCAUCAGUAGCAUCGCCACGCCAGUAGCGAAGUCCAAAGCCACCAAGCGGGCCGAAUCUGUUCUCAGUAUUGCCGACAAUGAGAGCAUGAAGGCAACGCCGGUCUCCGUAGACGCGACACCAGUCGCGCCAAAGCCCAAGAAAGCGGCUGAAAAACCCAAAGCCAAGACUGCCAAGCGCGAGCAGUCCAUCGUUGAGCUCUCUGACGAUGAAGAUGAUUUCAGUCCGGGCAAGAGCGCAGACAGCACGCCUGAGCUGAUACUUGCGCCCAAGCCAAGGGCACCGGCUCGCGCAGCCAAAACGAACGCCAAACGUGCCAGCUCGAUGCUCAAUUCUGAUGAGAGCGAUGAGGAGACAUACGAGCCAAAGAAGUCGAAGUCACGAUCUCGCGCCAAAGUCGCAGAUAGCGACGAAGAUGAUUUUGAGCCUUAA